AUGUUCGCAGAGCUCGGUGGGCCUGGCAGGACAGGGGCCGCAUCACCGCACCUGUCCUCGUCUUCGCGUACGGCGAAGAGUCGGAAGCAGCGCCGCAAACAUCAUGUACAGCAAGUGGUUGGCAAGGACGUCGCCGAGCGCGCCAAGUCGAUGACAGAUGCGGAGUGGGAGAGUGUAUCUAUGGCGGACAAGCACGCCUUCACCAAGUACAUGGGCGCGCUUUUGCGCGAGCACCCGACCGAGGCAACUGAGCAGCAGCGGCGUCGCUACUUUGAAACGACCAUGGUUGACCCGCGCGACCUCGAUCCGAGUCGCACUGUGCGAGAUGAGUUUGAGCGACUGAAGAUGGGCCUGCCCGUGCAGCUCAAAGACCCACAGCGUUCACUUGGCGUCUCGCAGGCCAUAUUCGAAGCCGGUGACGCAAGCCUGUUCGACCCUGACAAGGUGGACGCACUGGAGGAUGCGAUGGUGCAGAUUAAGCAGGUAUUUACGGACUACGUUCGGCAGCGCCGCGAAGGCGUGAGCACGGAAACGGCCCGCCGCAAGCUGGCGAACAUGCUGGCAGACUUGAACGUCGAGACGCAGCGACAUCUGAGUCACAUGUUCAAGUACGCGGAGGAGAGGGUUCGGCAGGAGGCGCGCGAGGAGCGGAAGCGGCAGCUGAGCGAGCUGCAGCGGCUGCGCCAACUCGUGUCGUCGUCGACACGGCAUCGCGCUUCUCCGUCGCCCGAGCCAACUGCUCCGACCCCCUCCACCGGUACGUCGGUGCCGGAAGGCGGCGCGUGCUCUUCGACAUCGUGCUCAGGAGGGGAUGCAGACCUAGGCGCCGGUCAUGACACCUUCUCUCCGUCUCCAGGAGCGCUAGCCAAGACGAAGAAGCGCGCCGUCUUAAAGCGGUCACUGGGCAAGGCCCUCGGCUUGGAGCUCAGCGUCGUGGAGAGCCUCAUCACGGAGCUCGAGGCGCAGGAGAAGUUCAUGCAGUUCUGUGAGGUGUUUGCUCGCCUCACCGUCUCCCAGGGGUUCCGCCACGGCCCCGAAGACGAGCGCCUCGAUGCAUACACGGAGAGCCUUAGGCGGCUGUACUCCGUAGACGCGAAUAAGCUCAGCACACUUGACGUUGUGCAGUACCUCGCCGCCAAGGAGGAGGCGCACCCAGUGGACUGGGCAAAGCGGUGGUACGAGCGCCUUGUCCGCAUCCCGCUCGAGCACACGUCGGAGUACAAGCGACUGGAGGCGAUUCGCGACGGCGACACUGCGGCGCUGGAGCUGCAAGCCCGGGCCGCGCGCGAGGCGGACGCGCCGGUGUCCGCAGGCCACGAAGCCGCCAUGCAGGCCGAGCGGGCGGCUGCCGCUGGGCGGACGCAGCAGGCUGUGCGCCUGGUAGAGAAGAUGUUCAUGCGCCCAGACGACCCACGGCUGAAGAGUUUACACGAGCGGAGACUGCGGUACAUCGCCUACCUGCAGAUGGAGCGGCAGAUUGCGCAGGCACGUGAGAACGCGAAGAUUUUUGCGGGCGUCGAAGCAACAGAAGAGGCGGCGGAGUGCCGAAGACUUUACGCGCAGUUCAUGGAGCGUAAGCAGCGGCUCGCCGCGCUCGGCGACCCUGUCGACUCUGCAGCAGCUCCCAUCACCGAGGCUGGCGCCACCGAAUCGAUGGACGGCUCUGCCGCUGCGACCUCCCCGGAUGUCGUUACAGCAGUCGCCGAAGCUGCCGGCAACACGAACGUGUUUGAGCAAGACCCUGAGGCUGCUGCAUUGUUCGAGCGAAUCAGCCGCAUCACUCAAUCCGUCAUUCAUACAUACAGUCGAGAGAGACGCCGGCGUAGCAAGGCCGCCGCCAAGGCUGAGGUAUUCACGCGUGUGAUGCAGCAGGUUGCUCUCAAGAACGCGGACGGGAGCCGUGCUGGCCGCGCCGAGGAGCUUCAGCGGCUGCUGCAGGCGAAGAAGGACAAGGUGGCGCAGCGGAUGCUGAAUGUACUGGAGGCAGACGUGAAGUCCGACUUGGAGUGGCUGGAUGCAAUGGACGAGGCCGAGCGGCCACCGCUUCUGCCCAUCCCAGAAGGCAUGUCCUACGUCUCUGCGGCGGAUGUGCAGGCCUGGAAGGAGGUCCGCGAAGCUGACAAGGCCCUUUCUGCCGACCCGUUUCGCAAGAACAAGAAGCGGUUUCAGCCACAGCUUUUUGGGCAGCAGUGGCAGCUGCCUGAUAAGCCGCUUCUGUUUUGGGGCACCGGAACACGGGCGGUGCAGCAGGCGCUGGAACACGCCGCUGACGAUGCAGAGCUGCGCCGUCGUGGUGAGCCGCUGACGCCGCCGUACCCCUGCCCAGAGAAUCCGUGGGGCUGGCGACUCGUCAAGGACAUCCUCGAUGAUUAA